AUGUGGCUCUCAGAAGAGGCAGCAGCCGCGGAGGGAAGGGAACCACGUCGAGCGGCCGGCCUGCACAUCAACCAGCCAGUGGCCACACGCCACCUCUCCCAAGAUGGCGGCCGCACAAAGCUAUUCCCCGUUUCCCUCCGCCUCUACCAAAAUGGCGUCCCAUUGGCGCCCACGCCCAACUCUCGCGAGAGCAGCAGUAAAGUUUCCCGUGACACUCUGUAGGAAGCAGUGCUGGAGAUCCUGCAAGGGACUCAAGUGAAACCACGAAAGUUUGCGGAAACAGUGGAGCUGCUGAUCAGUCUGAAAAACUAUGACCCGCAGAAGGGCAAACGUUUUGGCACAGUCAGGCUCAAGUCCUUCCUGUGCCGUGAAUUCUCAGUCUGCGUGCUGGGGGUCCAGCAACACUAUGAUGAGGCCAAAGCAGUCAAUAUCCCUCACAUGAACAUCGAGCCUCUGAAGAAACUCAAGAACAAGCUAGUGAAAAAGCUGGCUAAGUAGUACAAUGCCUUUCUGGCUUCAGAGUCCCUGAUCAAACAGAUUCCUCUUACCUUGGGUCAGGGUCUGAACAAAGCUGGCAAGUUCCCUUCCCUCUUCACUCACAAUGAAAAGAUAGUGGCCAAGGUCGAUGAAGUCAAGUCUACUAUCGAAUUUCAAAUGAAAAAGGUGCUUUUUCUGGCAGUGGCUGUUGGCCAUGUAAAAAUGACUGGAGAUGAGCUAGUCUACAAGGUUCACCUGGCCAUCAACUUCCUGGUGUUCUUGCUGAAGAACUGUCAGAAUGUGCGGUUGUACAUCAAGACCGCCACGGGGAAACCACAGCGCCUCUACUAA